AAUGGUGGACAAAAUGAAAGCAGGAAUCUCACUGUAGAAUCUUCACUGUGGUGGAGCACAGGACAUGUCAUCAAACUAUCCCUGAAAAGUAUCAGAGAGACCAAAAUCUUAUGCGGAAAGAUAGUCGUUGAAGGCCAACAUGGACAUUUCCUUACUGCAGCCUUCUGUGAGUUGGACCGCUGUAGGUUCGUGAGGAGGUUGCUGAGAAUAGAGGGAUCGAUACUUAACCUCUUACCCAUUACCCAGAAACUUGAAUUGCCCAACGAAGUUGUGCAUGAGGCCAUUCAAUGUUGGCUCGACGAUGACGAACAGCUGAAAACGAUUCUUCAACACUGGUCAAUGGAACAAGAUGACAGAGAAAAUGACGAACUCGUCACUUUGAGAGAUGCCCUUCAGGAAUUCAAUCCAGAAGAUGUCGAGGUGGAUGAAAGGGGAAAGAUGCACAUCAAUCAUUUGAGAGAACUGGCCUGCGAUAUUCAUGGUUUGAAACGCAAAGACCACCAUCUGAAAGAAUAUUUCACCAAAGAGAUUGGAAAUCUUUGUGAUUCCAUACUGAAGGACUGUUGCAUAGAAAUAGAUGCAGACGCUUACACAGAAAACUGCCCGCGUUUUCUUUUCUUCCACAAAAGAGUAACCGAAGAUGUUGCCAUUAAGUUGGAACAGAUUUGCUCGUUUUCUGCGCGGUCCAUUGAGAAAGAUUUCCUCAAUGUUGUUCCAUUUCUAAUUCAAGCUGUUAAAGAGAUUUUCCGUCAGAGUGAAGAUGAGGUAAUACAAAAUGGACUGAAGGGACUUCACACGGAAAUCGUUCAGCAACAUGAGGCCGAUGUUCUUAAAGCUUUUCAAAAUGAAGACAUUUUAAGACUAGUGUAUGAGGUUUGCAAGGUUCUUCAGAAUUUGUGUCUCAAUAAUUGUGAAAAGUAUUCAUGCGAACUGAUUGAAAGGUGGAGUGACAGUCUGGGAAUAUGGAAUAUGUCUGAGUUCUUAAAAGCUUUUUUCCAAAGCCGACAGGAAAAUAAACUUUUCAAGAGACUACAGCUCUUCUCCCGCUCCCUAAAGAGAUUUUCAGCAGAUAUUCGCAGUGUCAGAAAGAAAGAAAUGCGUUUCUUUUACGAUGUGUCCCAAAGCCUGAUAAGGUUUGCGACAUUUGACCCGAGAAAGCUGGUGAGAUUUGAAGUGACUUUUUCAGACAGUUCCCCAGUAACAUGCUACAGUGGGGCAUUAAAGUAUGACAAGCCACACGACACCUAUUAUCAACAUUUCUGGAUUGAGAAAGAGCAUGAAAGUAAGCUACAGCUGGGAACACUCGCUCAUGUUCACCUGGACGGGAAAAUUCGACAGGUUGGAGCCUUUAAAUGUGUUGUGCUGCUACCUGCGUCGAUCACUAAAGACCUCAACAGUUGGCAGAUUCCGGUUGCUAGAGUCAAAAUAGAACUUACAGAUUCCGGAAGUAAGCGCCUGGUUCUGUAUUCAACACGCAGAGAGAGCAUAUCUGAGGCAUUGAGGUUGCUUCAAAGAGAAUUUGGCUACGAGGAGCUCAGAGAACAAGCAGCUGAGAUCACAAGUUGUCACCUCGACGUGCGCUGCACGACCGAAGCAUUGGGAGUGAUGAGGCUCAGGUUAUCGUACAAAUGGAGAUCAGAGGCAAUUUUUGUUGAUAGCAACGAUUUCGUCGCUAUUGCUGAAGCGGCUGCUAAAGAUUGUACCGCUCAAAUUGGAGUUGAAAUAGCACUUCCCUCGACUGCACGCUCUCCAUGCGACCAGAAUGGAAACUUCGUAAUGGAUCCUUCCACAACUGAGAUAAUAAAUAGUUAUGCACGACAAACCUUCGGAUCCGUUGAGGUUCACUUACAUCAGACCAUACAAAAAGGUCAUGUUUGUGUGACUGGGAAUAACACCAGCCUUCAUAUGAAAAUGCCUGAAACCCAUCAAAGCAUGGUUCAAAGUGGACUUUGUACACCUUUCCAAAAGCCCUAGAUACAAGGACCAACUUGGAAUGAAACGACCGCUUCUGGACAUGAAGAUGAUAAUACAGACCCAGAGGACUAGACCCCUAAAUAAGACAACCUUUUAGUAAUCAGCCAUAAUUAGCAGACAGGAGAAGACACCGCUUUGAAACAAUUGGAAUGAUUAAGAGUACAAUAAUUGUUUUCAAAACUAUUUGUAAAUGUUUUGUUUCAUGAUUAAAUGUCGCUUUCUAAAUGAAAUCAGUUUUUGUUUCUCAUUAACUUUCAUAUUCGCGAUUAUCCGGACCCUCGAUUAUCCAAACUAUUUCGUCUGGUCCCAACGAGUCCGGAUAAUGGAGGUUUGACAGUACCGUAAUCAUUGAAGUGAUGCUGAUACUGUAAAACACUAAAUGAAGUUUGAUAUCAGUGCAUAAU